UAGCCUGAGGCCCAUCUCUGUUUACAGAACAAACACUAUCGUGUUCCCUUUCUAGGAUUUUGCCUCUUGUUCCUCCUCUGUGACUCGCACACCGCCAUUGCUCUGUUAGCAUUUCAAAACAGAGUGAGAAAGAGGAACUACUCGGUCACGUAUAGCGAUGAAGCAUAAAGAUGGAAAACCGAUCAACCUGCCAGACAAGAAGUCCAAGGUUGUCCCUACUGCAAUCUUGCUUGUGCUGUGCGGGCUUAGCUUCUACCUGGGUGGAUUCUAUUGCUCUAAUAAAGACAGUAUCAUCACCAACAACAUUCAGAAGGCAAUGAUGAUGAGUUCUGCAAAGGAAUCCUCAGUAGCUCCUCUGCAAAUCAAACCCAUUAUCUUUCCUGAAUGCAACAUUGAUCAUCAAGACUACACUCCAUGCACAGAUCCAAGGAGAUGGAGGAAGUACGGUACCUAUAGGCUAACCUUGUUGGAACGCCAUUGUCCUGCAAAGUAUGAUAGGGAAGAAUGCUUAGUUCCCCCUCCUGAUGGGUACAAGCCUCCAAUCAGAUGGCCAAAGAGCAGAGAUGAAUGUUGGUACAGGAACGUGCCGUAUGAUUGGAUAAACAAGCAGAAAUCAAAUCAACAUUGGCUGAAAAAGGAGGGAGAGAAAUUCCUGUUUCCUGGUGGAGGUACUAUGUUCCCCAAUGGUGUUGGAGAAUAUGUUGAUUUGAUGAGAGAUCUGAUCCCAGAAAUGAAAGAUGGCACUGUCCGAACUGCCAUUGAUACUGGUUGUGGGGUUGCUAGCUGGGGUGGUGACUUGUUGGAUCGUGGGGUGCUCACAGUUUCUCUGGCCCCAAGAGAUAACCAUGAAGCUCAAGUUCAGUUCGCUCUUGAACGUGGCAUCCCUGCAAUUCUUGGCGUCCUUUCCACCCAGCGACUUCCUUUCCCUUCUAACUCCUUCGACAUGGCUCACUGCUCAAGAUGCCUCAUUCCAUGGACCGAAUUCGGUGGGAUUUAUCUGUUUGAGAUUCAUCGUAUUCUGCGACCCGGAGGAUUCUGGGUGCUGUCCGGUCCGCCGGUGAACUACGAGAGGAGGUGGAGGGGAUGGAACACGACUGUGGAAGAGCAGAGAUCGGACUAUAACAAGCUUCAGGAACUGCUCACAUCCUUGUGCUUCAAGCUGUACAACAAGAAGGAAGACAUAGCAGUGUGGCAGAAAAUACCAGAUAACAAAUGCUACGACAACCUAGGCCCAGAAUCGUACCCACCAAAAUGCGACGACGGCCUCGAACCUGACUCAGCCUGGUACACUCCUCUCCGUCCAUGCGUGGUAGUUCCGGACCCCAAACUCAAGAAAUCGAGCCUGGGCAAGGUUUCCCGGUGGCCUCAGCGUCUACACGUGGCGCCGGAGAGAAUCACAGAUGUGCCUAGCGGGUCUGCGAGCAUGUUCUCGCACGAUGAUAGUAAGUGGAAGAAGAGGGUUCAUCACUACAAGAAGUUGCUGCCGGAGCUCGGGACCGACAAGGUACGGAAUGUGAUGGACAUGAACACUGUGUUCGGAGGUUUGGCGGCGGCUUUGAUCGGCGAUCCUGUGUGGUUCAUGAAUGUGGUCUCCUCGUAUGCCACGAACACUCUCCCUGUGGUUUUUGAUCGAGGCCUGAUUGGAACCUUCCAUGACUGGUGCGAGGCAUUUUCUACUUAUCCCCGAACAUAUGACCUCCUUCAUCUGGAUGGGCUCUUCACUGCUGAAAGCCACAGAUGUGAGAUGAAGUACGUGAUGCUGGAGAUGGACAGGAUUCUGCGACCAGCUGGGCACGCAAUCAUCCGAGAAUCAACUUAUUUUGUAGACGCAAUUGCCACAAUGGCCGAGGGAAUGCGUUGGCAGUGUCGUCAAGAAAACACCGAAUACGACAUUGAAACUGAGAAGAUCUUGAUUUGCCAGAAAACCCUCUGGUACGCUUCGUCCGGUGCUUGAAGACCAACCUGUGAGAAGAAUUAGCUCCAGUCCUUCUCAGCAUAGGGAUUAUUCAUUUUUAAAAGGACACGUAAGAAUGAGUCAGCUACAAGUUCAUCAAUGCAACAAUAUCUUGGUAACCCAAAUAAUCAACCAAGUUAUAGGCAGAUUUGUUCUAGUUUAGAUAUAUAUAUAUAUAUAUUGUUAUUCUUUAUAGGCCAACAAAAUGUAUUGGCUAUGUUAUAUGGCUUCCUCUUCUUCAUCUCUUCUUCUUUGGCCUUUUCUUUUGUUGUUCUCUGUCUCUGUAACUGUGACUCCGCAAGUUGCUGCUUCCUUAAAGUGUACCCAUCAAAAGCACAAUGCUAUUUCAAUAGAUAUUCUUUCCACGGAAUUCAACUUAACAA